CAGCUUGUGUUAACAUACCUUUGUAGGCGUAUGUGGGCGAUAAGCCGUUUUUCUGUCCCUUGACUCGUUAAAUUAAUUAAUUUUAAGUGUUUGGCAUCGGAGUUUAGAAGAAUGAGCAGGAGAAAGAGGAAUAAUCAGUUGUCUUUUUCCGAUGUGCGUGAAGUUGGAUUGGAUUUUAUAGAGCUGCUGGAGGAAACAAACAGAAGAUCUAUUACUGAAAGAGCCGUGCUCAAAAACAUUUACAAUGAAGAGUUUCGGCACAGAGAGGGUGAAAAAGAUCCAAACUUCUUUAAGGUCAUCUAUGUUUUGCAGAGCUGCGACAAAGCGCGCGUCACCAGAGGGCGCGUUUACUUCAACCCCAACAUCCGAAGAACGUUUCAUGACCAAUGGAUUAGACCCUCUCAGAGAAGCCAAAACCAAGAUACGCUUAGUUUGAGUAAUAGUAGCUCACCACCACUUCCUCGUGGCCAGGAGCCAACUUUUCGAGAACCAGAGGGCGGAGUCAGAGGAAGACGGAAGCUGGCGAAAGACAUCCUGCAGCGACUGAACAGUACACACAGGUCUGAGUUUAUAGCUGAUAAGUAUGGGGUUCGAGUGUCUUCAGAGAUGCCGAUGGAGGAUGGCAAGAUUCAGUUCUGUGUGGACAGAGCAGAAGUUCAUGAGCUGAAGCUGUUUGUGAAGAAUACGGGUCAGGAGGUGGUGUAUUUCACAUACUACACGGCCCUCCAAUGGCUUCAGUAUUUUACUCUGGAAGACAGCAAGAAAGUCACACGCAACAAUCCGCUUCGCCUUGAACCACGUGAGCAGUAUGAGGUGAUUGUGAGGUUUAAGUCCAAUCAUGUGGGAGUUUAUUUAGCUAUUCUGGCAUUUGAAUUUAAGAACACUCAAGCCACCACCCAUCCCUUCCACAUUGUGCGCUUCAUUGAAGCUGUGUACAGGACUAAGCUUGCAUCUUUACUAGCCCCGACUGAGCCAUUUAAACCCAUGAGGCUCGACACCUUCGAACCAGAAAUCUGCAGAGUGGAUGAGGGUGUUCGACCUGAGGAUUGUGUUCAGAACUUUCUGGAAACUGUUUUACCAUUGGGUCGUUACAGUCCUCCCCCCCACAUCCCCGAGCUGGCCAAGCUCCUGAAGGACAGCUGUACUUCUCGGACUCUUAGAGGAAAGUUUCAAGAACCUCAGUCAUUACUACAGAGUAAGCUGGAGUUUCAUAACUAUGCAGAACGCUUUGACCUACUGCUGUACCUGGAGGAAUGUCAGAUGCAUGUGGACAUUAAGAGAUAUAAUAAAAACAAAGUCACCCUAGGGAGAGACAAAUAUGACAAAAGACUGAUGGUGUUAAACCUUCCUGGUGUAUCGGAGAACCGUCCAUCAGUUCUGAGGGGAGAUCAUCUGCUUCUCACCAAGAGCGAAGAAAUUCACGCAUCAAAUGUAACAAAAUACAAGGGCUUUGUCUAUAAAGUAGAACUGGACCAGGUCAAACUGGGCUUCUCAAGAUGGUUCCUUGACAAUUUCAUAGAGAAGAUGAAAUUCCGUGUAGAGUUCACGGUUAAUCGUAUACCAAUCAGACUGGAACACAGAGCUGUACACAUGGCAGUCCAGCACAACCUCAAAGAUGUAUUGUUCCCUGUGGGAUCAAGGGACAUGUCCCCUUUGUCUCAACCUUCACUUCGACUCUUUGAUUCAAAGCUGGAGUUCAAUCAUGAACAGUACAGUGCAGUAUGCAACAUUGUGGCAGGUGUGUCCAAACCGGCACCAUACUUGGUGUUUGGACCCCCUGGAACGGGCAAAACCGUCACCAUAGUGGAGGCCAUCAAACAGGUGGAGAAGAAUAUGGCUGGUGCUUUUAUUCUAGCAUGUGCUCCAUCUAACAGUGCCGCUGAUCAACUGUGUGAAAAACUGAUCAGCAGCCAACAUGUUGACAAAGGAAAAAUCUACAGAAUCUAUGCCAGUUCACGCAAUCCUAAAGACGUCCCUGCAGCUCUAGUGAAUCACAGCAAUGUGGAGGGAAAUACGAUUGUUCUCCCAUGUAAAGAGGAUCUGAUGUCCUAUAAGAUCCUGGUCUGUACUCUGGUCACUGCAGGCAGGCUGGUCAGUGGAGGUGUUCCUGAGGGUCAUUUCUCUCAUAUCUUUGUGGAUGAAGCUGGACAUGCUGUCGAGUCAGAGACCAUCAUCAGUGUGGCAGGGCUACUGAGCGCUGAGACUGGACAGCUUGUUUUGGCAGGAGAUCCAAGGCAAUUGGGUCCAAUUCUCAGAUCUCCUCUUGCUAUUAAUCAUGGACUAGAUGUAUCUUUGCUGGAAAGGCUGAUGACCCAAAAAGAACUUUAUAAUAGGAGAGAGAACAUGGAAUAUGACAAACGCUAUGUCACCAAACUGCUACAGAACUAUAGGUCUCAUCCAUCCAUUCUGAAAGUUCCUAAUGAGUUGUUCUAUGACGGACAGUUAAUGGCAUGUGCAAAUGAGUUCAUCUCAAACCAAUAUUGCACUUGGGAGCAUCUGCCCAAAAAAGGAUUUCCUGUGAUUUUCCAUGGAGUGCCUGGGAAGGAUGAGAGAGAGUCAAACAGCCCCUCAUUCUUCAACACUUUUGAAAUUGACAUCAUCAUGAACUACCUGGAGAAGCUGCUCCUGACACAGGCCAAGAGGGGCAUUUCUAAAAUCUCCCCCAGAGAGAUAGGAGUCAUUGCUCCUUACCGAAAACAGGUGGAAAAGAUCAGGCGGGCCAUAAACACACACGAGGACAUCCAGAAGUGUAUGUGCAUUAAUGACCUCAAGGUUGGUUCAGUGGAAGAGUUUCAAGGCCAGGAGAGGAAAGUGAUCAUUGUAUCAGCGGUUCGGAGUAGUGGGAAGUUUAUCAGUUUGGAUGAAACAUUCAACAUUGGGUUUCUAAAGAAUGAGAAGAGAUUUAAUGUGGCUGUGACAAGGGCCAAAGCUCUGUUCAUCAUGGUGGGAAACCCCAUCAUUCUACGGACAGAUGCAAACUGGGGCAGGUUCAUUGAUUUCUGCACUGAGCAGGGCGGUUACACUGGGUAUCAGUUUUCCAAUGUAGAAAGAAUAGAGGAGAUUGAAGAGCGUCUGCUUGCUCUGAAUAUCCAGGAGACCAGUGUGGAAACAGAGGAGAGCAUGGUCCAGCAGCAUCUAAAUCCUGAAUGGAGACAUGAACACUAACAAAGUGUCAGAAUUUCUCCAUUCCACCCCCUUUUUACCCUAUAUCCUCUACUAAAGCUUUCAUGAAUGUGCACUUACACUUGAUGAUGUGAUAUUGAUAUGGACUGAAAGAAAUGAUGUUCAGCUGUUUCUAGAUGUUCUGGACAGUAAAGAUUUUAUCAGAUAUCAUUUGAUUUUAUGGUUUUUAACAAUUUACAGAAAAUAUUAGGACAAAGACAGUAGAGACAAGAAGAAAUAAAUCAAAAAAUGAUACAGAAACAGGAAAAUUAUAUACUGUAAAAACAUGAAAGCAUGUGAAAAAUGUACAAUAUCAGGAUUUACAUAACAAACUGUAAAAACAAUUAAGUAUCUUCUUAUUGUUUCUAGCCAGUUCUAACUAUUAUAUUCAUACAAGCUUUACUCUGUAUAAUUAUUUAAGAUGUGUUUUCAUAAUUUUAAAAGUCAUUAUAAAAAAAUAAGAGACCGUUUCAAAGACUGUUUCUUUGAAUCAAAAAUAAAACCUAAAUUUGAAACAUAUUUAUUUGAAUUGCAUGCCAGAGAACCUUGUUAUAUUGUUUACACUGCUAUUAGUACCAAAUAUAAUAAUUUCUGUCUUUUUCUCAUUUACUGUAACUGGAGAAAGUUGUUAUUCAUCCAGCUCUUUACAUCAUUUAAACAGUCAAAGAGUGAUUUAAUAGAUGUGUCAUUACCAGACUUUAUAGGUAAAUGCAUCUGGGUGUCGUCAGCGUAGAAAUGAUACUAGAUGCCAUGUUUCUUAAAAAUAACACCAAGUGGAAGCAUAUGCAAUGAAAAUAACACAGUUCCCAGAAUGGAGCCUUGCGGGACCCCACAUGUAAUAGAAGCUUUGGAUGAAAGAAAGUUUCCAAUUUUUACAGAGAAGGUUCUAUUUUGAAGAUAAGAGGUAAACCAGCGUAGGGCAGUUCCUUGAAUGCCCACACUCUGAUUUAAUCGUUCAAUUAAAAAAGAGUGAUCAAUCGUGUCAAAUGCUGAACUGAGAUCCAACAAAACUAAGGCAAUGUUACUCCCACUAAAAGAUCAUUAGCUACUCUAAGAAGAGCAGAUUCUGUACUGUGACCUGAUCUGAAACCAGAUUGAAAUUCAUCAAAAAUAUAAUCUGCUAAAAAUGAAUUUAGUUGACUAAAAACAAUUUUUUCUAAUAGUUUCGAUACAAAUGGCAGCUUAAAUAUUGGCCGAAAAUUAUUUGGAUCUGUUAGAUCAAGGUUGGACUUUUUAAGAAGCAGCUGGACAACCGCAUGCUUCAAGGUUGAAGGAACACAGCCACUAGACAGACUAUCAUUUAUAAUUUGAAGAAUACUUGGCCCAAUAGUGUCUAUGAGGUUGAUAAACAAUUUAGGAGGAAGCACAUCAUUAGCUGAAGAAGUUUUAAAUGUGCAACAACAUCCUUAAUAACUGAGAGAGAGACUGGCUCAAAUGGCAAUGGAGUUCUUACAGAAAUAAUAUCAAAUAGUGAUGGUAUAAUCGACAGCCUUGUGUCAUCGAUUUUCUUAACAAAGAAAUUUAAAAACAUUUCACAAAUAUCAGCCAAUGGAUCAGGGCCAAUGCUGCAUUCUGGUUUAAUAAUAACAUUUAUAGUUUUAAAUAGUACCCGUGGACAGUGAAUAUUGCAUGUAAUUUCCGAUGAAAAAUAUUCUGCUCUUGAUAAUUUCACUGCAUUUUCAUAUUUACCUAAACACUCCCUUAGAACCUUUGAUAACUGAAGCUUAUCUUUCUGCCAAGCUUCUUUUCAACAGAAAAGAUACUCUGUAUUUUUCAGACCUCAAAUACUGCAAAGAAAACAAGUUCAUAUUCACUUUUAAACAAUACAGCAGUAAUAUUUCUACAUACGUUGAAAAUGUUUUUUUUUAUGUGAUUCAUGUGUGUUGUCAUUCUGUCAGUCUUGCACAUUGCUGUUGGAUGACUUUGUCACUCCUGAGGUUUGAUUUUGUUGAAAUUCAACAAACACUUGACUGGAAUGGCCACAAUACAUCUGGAAAUGCUGAUUUGAAAAGAAAAUUUGCAAUAGUCUCUUCAUUUUUAUACAUAGAUUUGUAUUCAUAUACAAGUAUUUUGUUUGUUAAAUUUUAACUGAAUUAUUAGCAGUUGCUUUAGUAAUAAACUCUUCUCUUUGGAAUGUAGGCCUAAGUAAUAUACCGCUGCUGUGUGGGGCUGUUUUUAAUUGCUGUAUAAGACAUAUUGUUGUAGCUUUUUGGGUACACCACUGAAACACAUACAUAAUGUCACUGCAUCUUUAAUAAAAUAUUUG